UGAUAGUAACAACGCUCCUUAUUCUCCCACGCGUCUUCGUGUUUAUAAACUCUCUUUUUUCUCCUUUCUUUUUUACCUUUCCCAUUCUUCAACGCUCCCCCAUUUUCCUCUCCACACUUUUUUUCUCCCAAGCUUUUUCUCAUUUUCCGGCGAUCGAAAUCGGAGCAUUAUUAAUCGGAUCUAACCGGAUUUUAUCGGGUCAAGUUCGGAUCUUCCGAUGUCUUCUUACUGGUGUUACAGGUGUACAAGGUUUGUUAGAAUUUCAGCUGGAAACGACGUCGUUUGUCCCCACUGUGACAGUGGAUUUAUUGAAUUUGCUGAAGGUAAUAUUGCUGGGUCACCGGAAUCUCGCCGGAGAUUUCCAGAUCGGAGUAGUGUCAACAUGGGUUCUCGGCGGAGCCGGCGUAAUAAUCGGGGUGAUAGAUCUCCGUUUAACCCAGUUAUUGUUCUUCGUAGUCCAUCUGAGGCAGCUCGUGGUGGAGAGGAUGAAGCUGUUGCUGCUGCUGCUGAGGAGAGGAGUUAUGAGCUCUACUAUGAUGACGGUGAAGGUUCCGGUCUCCGACCGUUACCUCCAACGAUGUCGGAUUUUUUGAUGGGAUCUGGGUUUGAUAGGUUACUAGAUCAGUUGGCGCACAUCGAGGUGAACGGUUUUGGUCGGCCGGAAAAUCCACCGGCGUCGAAAUCGGCUAUCGAAUCGAUGCCGAUUGUACAAAUAUCUUCCAAUCAUGUGAAUUCUGAGACUCAUUGUGCUGUUUGUAAAGAAGCUUUCGAGUUAGGAUCGGAAGCUCGUGAAAUGCCCUGUGAACAUAUUUACCAUUCCGAUUGUAUACUUCCAUGGCUGUCUCUUCGUAAUUCGUGUCCGGUUUGCCGACACGAAUUGCCUUCGGAAUCGACGGAAAAUGCUAACUCCGAUAGCUUAGCUCGGGGUCGAAACGAAGAAGAAGCUAUGGGAUUGACAAUAUGGAGGUUACCGGGAGGUGGAUUCGCCGUGGGAAGAUUUUCGGGUGGAAGAAGAGGAGCUGAAAGGGAACUUCCGGUAGUGUAUACAGAAAUGGACGGUGGGUUUAACAAUGGUGUACCAAGAAGAAUAGCUUGGAGAUCAAGGAGGAGCAAUACAGGUCGAAAUGGCAGUGGAAUAAGUCGAAUUUUCAGCAAUUUCGCAUCGUUUUUUAGGCGAUUAACACCGUCAAAUCAACGAAGAUCGCUCUCGAUACAUUCGAGUAGUUCGGAUUCAUCAGGGUCUGGUUCUGGAUCUGCUGUUUUCAGGAGUCGAAGUGUGUCGAAUACUUCAAUAUUCAGUAGGUAUUUGAGGAGAAGUAGAAGAAAUUGGGCACCAGAAGAAAGUAAUGGAGUAACCAGAUGGUAAUUACUUCGUGAAAAAAAUAACAAGUUAAACAAUUUGAAAACCAAGAAAAGAAAAUUUGUUUCGUAGAGCAGUCGAUUAGAAGCAGAAGCAGAAGCAGAAUAGCCCGAGAGAAGGCAAUGUGUUAAUUUUCAAUUAUUAGUUGUGAGUCAAGUACGAUAAAAUUGGAACGAUGGAAAGAAGACAGGCACAUAUUGAGAAAUAGUCGAAUACCAAAAAAGAGAAAAUUCAUUGUUAGAGCAUUCGAAGCCAAUACAAGAUGUCGUUUUUCAACUAUUACUUGUUGAGUGAGAGCACUAAGAAAACAUAAAGUUCGUGCUAGAGCAAUGACUAGCAGAAGAAGAUUGAUGGCCUGAGAUAACGGGGCCUAUAUAGAGAAAAUAUGGCAUAAUUUCUCUUAUUUAUCUUGGGUUCAUUUUGUGAUAAUGUAAUGUAGAAAGAAGGCCAUUUUGUGGGGAAUUUGUAAAUAGAAAAGGCUUUGAUAUGUCAUUCAAUACUUUUUUUGAGUUAUUUUCUUGAAUUUAGCAGGGUAAUCAGUAAUAGAAUGACAAUUGUAGCUUCAUUAAAAUGUUUAUUUAAGCUGUGAAUGACUGUAAUUUGGAUUUUGUUGAAUCAAAUCUGAAACUCUUUUAA